AUGUCCAACAUGUCCACCUCAAGUCCAGUACGCUCGACCCUCCCCACUCUCGAGCUUAUCACGGACCUCAGCGUCUCGAACGGGUCCUCGGUCGCCCCCUCCCGCAAGAUCUUCACCGAGGUCGACAUGCCAUGCUGGACUCGCUCCUCAGCUUACCACAACAUUGAGGCUCUCAUACUCCGGCUGACCGCGGCCGUGCAGAACACCAAGAUCGACUCGCCUCGACGGAUCAGUCAGGCCAGUCCGAGUCCACGAACGGGUUCCUGUUCUAAUGCGUCGCGCCAACUGACCCAAUUUCGAGCUCUCUAUAGCCAAUCGCAUCUAUUGUCGAGUUCCUGAACCGAUCGGCGUCAUGGGUUGACGAGAUUCCACUCGAAAAGUCGCCGCAGCGAUUCGGCAAUCAGGCUUUUCGCAAAUGGCUUGCCAAGCUCAAAGAGGUGAGCCCCACCCGCACUACGAUCGUAGAUUACCUUAGCUGAACAAUCUGUGCAUCGAGCAGCACGAGCCGGCACUCUCCAAAUCGCUUCUUUCGGAUGCUCAAAUGCCCGUUCUCGCCGAAUUAUCCUACCACUUUCUCUCUUCGUUCGGAUCUGGCCAACGCCUCGACUAUGGCACAGGCCACGAGCUCUCGUUCCUCUUCUACAUCCUCAUUCUUCGACUGAUUGGCGUCUUGAGCGAAGAUCACGAACCGAGCAUCGUCCUCGAUCUGUUCGUUGCUUAUCUCGGCGUCGUGAGGAAACUGCAGAAAGUGUACCGGUUGGAACCGGCGGGCAGUAAAGGCGUGUGGGGUCUGGAUGACCAUCAGCAUCUCAAUUACCUCUGGGGGGCUUCACAACUGCAAGGUGGGUACUGCGUUGGACGAAUCAUCGGCUCCAGAUACAUUCACUGACUACAGGUCCAACGCGAACACAGCUCACCCAACGCUUCGACCCUCCUCGAUCCUCACUCCCUCCACGAUCGAGCCCGAAGCCCCUUCGUACCUCUUCCUCUCCUCAAUCCUGCACGUGAACCAACUCAAACGCGGACCGUUCUCCGAACACUCGCCCAUGCUCCACACCAUCGCUUCGACCGUCCCCAACUGGGGCAAAGUCGUGCAGGGUUUGCUCAAGAUGUACAAGGUCGAGGUGAUGGGUAAGGUGCCGGUGGUGCAGCAUGUUAGGUUUGGGAGGGUGUUGAGUUGGACGGAUUGGGAGACGGGAGUAGUGCUUGAGAGUAGUCGGAGUGGAGAGGAGGGAAUUGACGGGGAAGGGGAGGGGGAGGAAGGAGAGGCGGAAGGGGAGGAAAAGGACCAAGGGACCAAAGCACCUUGGCUUUUAGCCUCUGCGUCGAGCGGGGACAAGGUCACUUUGAUCCCUCCCCCACCUACACAUACAACCUCACGAGCCUCGCUGGGGUUCUCGAGACAACAACCCAUGUCGUAUACCCAGUCUCCGAGAUCAUUUGCUCCCCCAGCUUUGUUUCCGACGAGGAGGGAGCCUAGUUCGAGUCUGGGGAGAGGCGAGGACGACCCGUCUACGGUCGCGCAGGAUGGUGGGGCGGCGGCGUCGACGUCCCCCUUUGGCAUCUUGCCGAGUGUUACCCGGAGAUGA